CGUGCUGCUCGCGAGCGUUCACUGGCGUUUCUUCCAAAAGUGCUGAUCUGACAACCAAGUGAGCCCAGCAGCGCACGUCCUCCGUCAGUGUGUAGAUCGACGUUUUCUAUUCAGGUCAUCCUCGCGGCACAGCGCGAACCCCCUGCUCCCGAUGUUUACCUCAGCUGCGUGUCUCCUCCAGCUCGGGACAGUACCGCUUUGGUUUAUUCACCAUAUGUUUCAUGAUUAGUAGAGAGGACAGCCGCCAUGUUUGUACGGCAUACAUUCAGUGUGCUGCACUGAUGCACCAGCUCACUUCAGGGUGGAUAGUUAGGAGCUGUCUUCGACAGUAGCGGUGUCCUCUCCGCUAAAUAAUGGCGAUGUUCCGGAGCUUUGUCUCGACGAGCACCCAGCUCCGCCAGCAGCCCAGCAGCGGCCCGGCCGAGGGCAUCGAGAGCCAGCUGUCCUGCCCCAUCUGCCUGGAGGUGUUCCACAGACCCGUCAGCAUCAACAGCUGCGCGCACACGUUCUGUGGGGAGUGUCUGCAGCCAUGUCUCCAGGUGACCUCGCCCCUCUGCCCUCUCUGUCGCGUGCCCUUUGACCCCAAGAAAGUGGAGCGCUCCUCCAGCAUGGAGAAGCGGCUGGCCUCAUACAAAGCACCCUGCAGGGGCUGUAACAAGAAGGUGGCUCUGGUGAAGAUGAGGUCCCACAUUGCUUCCUGUUCUAAAGUACAGCAGCAGACAGCUAACUGUCCUGAGUUCGUCCCUGUGGUGCCCACCUCCCAACCUAUACCGAGCAAUAUUCCAAACCGGUCAACAUUCGUGUGUCCGUUCUGUGGGGCCAGAAACCUGGACCAGCAGCAGCUGGUGAAGCACUGUAUGGACAAUCACCGUAAUGACCCCAAUAAAGUGGUGUGUCCGGUGUGCUCCGCCAUGCCGUGGGGAGACCCCAGCUAUAAGAGCUCCAACUUCCUCCAGCAUCUCCUCCACAGACACAAGUUCUCCUACGACACCUUUGUUGUAAGUCCAGUGCUGAUGUUUCAGUAACAGCUGUUUGUUUGGGGUUUGGAUUUCUUUCAUGAUUAUGAUACAGGCAGCCAGAGCUCUUUAUAAGCUAACCCAGCAACGUGCACUACACCAUUCAAACAACCCCUGGACCGCCCAAACUACCGUGGAUCAUAAAACAGUGAGAAACUACCUGACUGACCAAAGCACAGCCUCACGUCUAACAUUACGGUGGCUGUCUACGGCUAUGUUAAACCUGUUCCCAUUUAGCUGAGAAGCUGCAAUAUACACUGUAUAUAAAUACUGUAAAUACACUAUCAUCUUAAAGCUCAGACUGUCCUCCACAGAGCUUGACUGUGUCCAGUCAGAUGUGUGAGAGGACGACUCUCUACGUCUGAAUGAUGCUUUUAUCUGUAGAAAGUCUUCUUUACUAUUAGCUGUUAUUUAGUUCAGUAGAUGGAGAACAACACGCUGUAGAAUGGUCCAACCAGACUGACCAGUGAAAGACUGAGCAACCGUUGAAUGAGAAGAGAAGAAUCAGCAGUCAUUAGUAAAAGAAACUGGAAGCUUUGAUUUAAAUUGGAACCAUUUCCUGUUUCAGUGUCAAGAGUUUCACAAUAAAAGCAGCCGAGAACAAGCUGGAGUUUACAGGCAACGUGUUGCUUUAGCAAAGAUCUUCAGACUUCACAAGAGAAAUAGAAGGUUUGUCUCUAGGGUUAGCACUGCUGGAACAUCAGCUGAACUAAUGCAGAACAGACAGACA